AACGUUUCAUGUGCCUCGAAAGAAAGCUACAGGCUUCACCUAAAUUAAGGUUGGCAUAUGAUGACGUCAUAAAGGAUUAUCUAACUAAGAAUUAUAUUUCACCCGCGCCUCCGUAUGAUCCGCGUGACCCUACACCUAUUUAUAUUAUACCGCAUCACGCUGUUCUGCGCGAGGAUAAAUCGUCGACUAAGCUGCGCAUGGUUUUAGAUGCUAGCAUGCCAACUUCUGGAAGCCAGCGUUCAUUGAAUGACCUUCUGCAUGUUGGGCCGAAUUUACAAGGCAAUUUGUUUACAAUAAUUUUAGGUUUUCGUCUCCACGCGAUUGCCAUGACCGCCGAUUGCCGCCAACAAUUUCUGCAGAUUUUCGUGCGUGAGUUUGAUCGUCGUUUUCAAUGUUUUUUAUAUCGUUUCAGCCCGCAGGAUCCGCUGCUUCUUUAUCAAUUUAAUCGAGUUUGCUUUGGCAUCAAGUCUAGUCCUUAUCAUGCACUGCGCACGGUAAGACAGCUCGUAGAAGAUGACGGCGCGAAAUAUCCGCUCGCGAGUAGCAUUGCGUCUUCCUCGUUGUAUAUGGAUGAUAUCGCCUUCUCUAUUCCCACGGAAUGUGAAGCAGUUUCCGCGUCGCAGCAGCUCAUCGAUUUGUUUAAGGGAGCUCAGUGGGAUCUAGUUAAAUGGAAUAGUAAUAGUAGAAAUGUGUUAGAUAAUCUUCCCGCUUCGCACAAACUUUUACCCUCCGCGGUGGAGUUUGAUAAGACCGUGCAACAUAAAUUACUUGGUCUGCAUUGGUCUACUGUUGAUGAUUGUUUUUAUUUUAAAAUUACCGCACCCGCCGAUGUGAUGUGCACUAAGCGCUCCAUCUUGUCAACUAUCGCCCGUCUGUGGGACAUAAUGGGCUUCGUUGCUCCCACAGUCGUGUAUGCCAAACUGUUAAUAAAACAACUUUGGCAACUUAAUCUUGAUUGGGAUGAUUCUCCGCCUCCACACGUUAUUAAAAUGUGGAAACAGUUCUGUGAUGAAUUACCAGCUCUUAAUGAUAUUCGCAUACCACGUCAUAUAGGUUUUACUUGUGAUUGUAUUCUCACUCUUAUGGCUUUCUCUGACGCUAGUGAACUUGCCUACGGAGCAGUCGUGUACGCUCAUGUCAGCACUGUCUCUGGUAACGUCAUUCGUCUUAUUUGUUCUAAAUCUAAAGUCGCUCCAUCUAAACCGCUAACAAUCGCUCGCUUAGAACUUUGUGGUGCACUCCUAAUGUCAAAGCUGCUUCGCACUGUCCUUGACAGUUAUUCACAACACUACAAAAUUAAUGCAUACGCAUUUACCGACUCUAAAGUCGCGCUCUAUUGGAUUAAAGGUUCGCCGCACCAGUGGCAGACGUUUGUCGCAAACCGCGUUGUGAAGAUCACAGAUAACAUCCCAUCAGAUAAUUUCUACCAUGUUUCUGGUAUUGAAAAUCCCGCUGACGUUCUUUCGCGUGGCAUUACGCCACUAAAUCUCGUCUCGCACCCUCUGUGGUUCCAAGGACCCCAGUGGGCUCGUUCGGACCCAUCUGAUUGGCCUCUUAGGAGUCUCGAUGGUGAGUCUAUUGCAGACAUUCCCGAACGAAAAUUAUUAGCGCACACUGUGUGCUCGCCUAUAAAGCAUUGCGCUUUAUAUGAUACCGCCCUUCGCGUAUCCUCAUGGAGUAGGCUUUUACGCGUUGUUGUUUAUAUUUAUAGGUUCCUUAAAUUGUUACCCCGCCGCGGUGUUAUGAUGACCGCAGAGGACCUUAAUUUCUCUGAGAAUAAACUUCUCGCCGCCCUGCAAAAUAAAUAUUUUGCAGAGGAGUAUUCUAAUAUACUCAAUAAUAAAUCUUGUUCGCAGGCUUUUAAUCGCUUGAGGCCUUUUAUUCGCAACGGACUUAUCCUCGUUGGAGGACGUCUGAGUAAUUCCGCCCUGGAAUAUGCACAUAAGCAUCCAGUGAUAUUACCGCGCAAUGAUCAUAUCGUUAACAUGAUCAUUGAUUAUUAUCAUAUUAAAUAUAUGCACGCCGGACCGGAACUUUUAAUGUCGUUGCUUCGCCAAAAGUAUUGGAUUCUUUCCGCACGUCGUAUUGUUAGACAAAGAAUUCACUCAUGUAAUACUUGCUUCCGCAUGAAACCGCGUCCAACUUACCCGCUGAUGGCUGAUUUGCCUGAAUGUCGUACACGCCAAGCCGUUAAAGCAUUCAGCGUAACAGCUUCUGAUUACGCAGGGCCUAUCGCUUACACUCCUGUGCGCCGCCGUGGUGUUCACAGCGAGAAAGCAUACCUGUGUAUUUUUACGUGCCUCACUACGCGUGCAGUGCACAUCGAAGUUGCGACCGACCUCAGCACUCCUAGUUUUCUUGCCGCGCUCAAAAGGUUUCUCUCGCGUCGAGGACCCGUUGAUACUAUGUAUACGGAUAACGGUACUAAUUACAAAGGAGCCGAUUCCUAUCUCCGCGAUUUAUAUAAAUUUCUUAAUAACGAAUAUCGUUCGAACCUGGAGCACGAGUUCGCUGAGAGUCGUAUAAAUUGGAAGUUUAUUUGUCCCAACUCUCCACAUUUUGGAGGUGCUUGGGAAAGUAUGGUGAAAGUAAUUAAAACGCAUUUGUUUCGAGUUAUCGGUCAACAAAUAUUAUCGUAUGAAGAACUUUGUACUGUUCUCACUCAAAUUGAGUGUUUACUUAACUCGCGACCGCUGACAGUACUGAGUUCAGACCCCGCAGAACCCUCGGCUUUAACACCGAGUCAUUUUUUAAAUACCGCUCCUUUAUUAUCAUUACCCGCGCCGCAAGUCAAAUCUGAUCACGUCAGUUUGCUUGAUAGGCAUUCGCUACUGGACAAGUUAGUCCAGUCGUUUUGGAAACGUUGGAGAAUGGAAUACUUACACGGUCUGCAGGUUAGGCAGAAAUGGAAUACGCCUUCCACACCUAUUACUCCUGGAACGGUCGUGGUUGUGAUAAAUGAUAAUGCACCGCCCCUAACCUGGCCUUUAGCCGUCGUAGAGAAAGUACAUCCUUCAAAGGACGACGUCGCGCGCGUUUGUACAGUUAGAACCGCCAAGGGAACUUACCUUCGCCCGGUCGUUCGUUUAUGUCCGCUUCCAAGACAAUAGUUAAACCGCAUUAGUAUAUUACCGCAGUUAGUUAAGUUUAAUCUUAAGUUUUUCGCACCGCUUUAGUUAUAAUUUGUUAGUUAUAAAUACCGCCGUGACUUUAGGAAUUUUUAUACCCCGCUCGCAUUACGCGAUCCUAGAGUCAUAGAAUUUGUUAGUUAUAUUCCGCCGUGACUUUUAGGAUUUUUUAUUAUCCCGCUCGCAUUUUGCGCUCCUAGAGCCAUAGAAUUUUUUAUUUAUAUUACCGCCGUGGCUCUUAGGACUUUAUAAACCCGCGCGCAUUAUGUGAUCCUAGAGUCAUAGUUUUUCGCUGUAUCUUAUGAUUGGUUUUAAAUGGUGACCCAUUUAGGGCGGGUGGAUAUGGUAACGCCAAUAUAAUUAAAAUAGUAAAUGUAGAUAUUAAAUGUUUAUUAUUCUGUGGUGUAUUCCUUCAUCCUUCCCUACAUACGAGCACAACCAAUCAUCGCGCGCUAUUUAGCGCUCGUCACGUGACCUACCUAUGUCACGAACGACAGACAGUAGUUCUCUCCGAUC